CUCAGACAGCCAAAGGUGUCAGAAUGACCCACUCUGCUUCAGCCUGGCUGCUCGUCACCUUCCUCCUGGUCUGCAUCACGGACACAUUUUCCCUCUUCCUGCCCGACUCCAAGGAACUGAGGGAGUUGCUGAGUCGCCACAAGCAGGAAGCUGACCAGAAUGGUGCGAGCAGCGCAGCUGGGAACAGGACCCGGCGAGCCAUUCUCUGGUCGGACCGCGAAGAGAUUCUGCAGCUGCACAACAAGCUGCGAGGCGGCGUUUACCCCACAGCCUCAGACAUGGAGUAUAUGGUUUGGGAUGAUGAGUUGGAGCGAUCUGCCACUCAGUGGGCAGACGUGUGUCAGUGGGACCACGGGCCUCAGGACCUGCUUCGGUCGAUUGGACAGAACCUGGCAGUUCACUGGGGCAGAUACCGCUCGCCUGCCUUCCAUGUUCAGGCCUGGUACGAUGAGGUAAAAGAUUACACGUAUCCCUACGCUCACGAGUGCAAUCCAUGGUGCCCAGAACGCUGCUCCGGUCCCAUGUGCACCCACUAUACCCAGCUGGUCUGGGCAACCACCAACCGAGUGGGCUGUGCUGUGCACGUGUGUCCAGCGAUGAACGUCUGGGGAGAAGUCUGGGAGAACGCAGUUUAUCUUGUGUGCAACUAUUCCCCAAAGGGAAACUGGAUUGGAGAGGCCCCGUAUAAACAUGGCCGACCCUGUUCCCAGUGUCCUCCAAGCUAUGGAGGAGGAUGUAGAAACAACUUAUGCUACAAAGACUCUCAGCGCUCAGAGACGGAGGACAUGAAUGAGGUGGAAAAACCUCAAGUACCUCUGCCACCUCGUACGACCUCCCGACCAGCUCCCAAAACUCCCAGAAAACCCGUGUCCAAGCCCUCCUCUCCAAGACCUGCCGCUCCCAGGACAUCACCUGCAAAAACUCCAAGCAACCCCUAUCUUGUUCACAACAUUAAGUGUGAGACUAGGCUACGAGAUAAAUGCAAAGGGGCAACCUGCAACAGACACAGAUGUCCGGCAAAUUGUUUAAACAAGAAAGCAAAAGUUUGGGGAAGUGGUACUUAUGAUGUGCAAUCGAGUGUUUGCCGAGCUGCUAUCCAUGCUGGAGUUAUAGACAACAACGGAGGGCUGGUUGAUGUCACAAGAACAGACAGGUCUCCGUUCUUUGUCAGAUCCACAAAAAAUGGCGUUGAAUCUUUGAGUAAAUAUAAACCUGGGAACUCCUUUGUGGUGACCAAAGUAGAAGAAUAUACUGCUGAUUGUUACACCACCGUUGCUGAAAUCUGCCCUUUCAAAAGACCCUCUUCACACUGUCCAAGAAUUUUCUGCCCAGCCAGCUGUCACUCACAGCCUUCGUACUGGUCACCUGUCAUUGGAAACAGCAUCUACGCAGACAGCUCCAGUAUUUGUAAAUCAGCCAUCCAUGCCGGGGUGAUUAAAACAGACGGCGGCUUUGUUGAUGCUCUUCCACUGGAAAGAAGGAAAGACUACACUGGAGUUCUGAAAAAUGGCAUCCAGUCUGAAAGCAAAAGCAACACAGAGGGAGGCUCCUUCCGACUCUUCGCUGUGAAGGUGUGAGAAGCGUGAAGAAAAAGAA